GCGGCACCAAGAAGGACACCAAGAUGAGGAUACGAGCCUUUCCUAUGACGAUGGAUGAGAAAUAUGUAAAUAACAUCUGGGACCUUCUCAAGAAUGCCAUCCAGGAGAUUCAGAGGAAGAACAACAGCGGACUGAGCUUUGAGGAGCUUUACAGGAAUGCCUACACCAUGGUUCUCCACAAACAUGGAGAAAAGCUCUACACGGGUCUGAGGGAGGUCGUCACUGAGCACCUCAUCAACAAAGUGCGGGAAGAUGUUCUAAACUCCUUAAAUAAUAAUUUUCUGCAAACACUGAACCAGGCUUGGAAUGACCAUCAGACUGCCAUGGUUAUGAUCAGAGACAUCCUUAUGUACAUGGACCGGGUCUAUGUGCAACAAAACAGUGUGGAGAACGUGUACAACCUUGGCCUCAUCAUAUUCAGGGACCAGGUGGUGCGCUACGGCUGCAUUCGAGACCACCUGCGACAGACACUGCUGGACAUGAUUGCACGGGAAAGGAAGGGGGAGGUUGUAGACAGGGGUGCCAUCAGAAACGCCUGCCAGAUGCUGAUGAUUCUUGGUUUGGAUGGUAGAUCUGUGUAUGAAGAAGACUUUGAGUGCCCUUUCUUAGAAAUGUCUGCUGAAUUCUUCCAGAUGGAGAGCCAAAAGUUCUUAGCAGAAAACAGCGCCAGCGUCUACAUAAAGAAGGUAGAAGCCAGGAUCAAUGAAGAGAUCGAGCGGGUAAUGCACUGUCUGGACAAGUCUACAGAAGAGCCCAUUGUCAAGGUAGUGGAAAGGGAGCUGAUUUCUAAACACAUGAAAACCAUUGUGGAGAUGGAGAAUUCUGGUUUGGUCCAUAUGCUGAAGAACAGCAAGACGGAAGACCUGGCGUGCAUGUACAAGCUGUUCACUCGCGUACCAAACGGCCUUAAAACAAUGUGCGAGUGUAUGAGCUCGUAUUUGAGGGAACAAGGCAAAGCUCUGGUGUCUGAAGAAGGAGAGGGCAAGAACCCCAUUGACUACAUUCAGGGUCUGCUAGACUUGAAGACACGAUUUGAUCAUUUUCUCCUCGAGUCUUUCAACAAUGACAGACUCUUUAAACAAACCAUUGCGGGAGACUUUGAGUAUUUUCUCAACCUCAACUCCCGCUCGCCAGAGUACUUGUCACUUUUUAUUGAUGACAAGCUGAAGGGAGUGAGAGGGUUGUCAGAACAGGAGGUGGAGUUGAUUCUUGACAAGGCCAUGGUGUUGUUCCGGUUCAUGCAGGAGAAAGAUGUUUUUGAAAGGUACUACAAACAGCAUCUGGGCCGCCGGCUUCUCAGCAACAAGAGUGUCUCAGAUGACUUGGAAAAGAACAUGAUCUCUAAGCUAAAGACAGAAUGUGGCUGUCAGUUCACCUCAAAACUGGAAGGGAUGUUCAGAGAUAUGAGCAUCUCCAACACUACUAUGGAUGAGUUCAGACAACAUAUACAAAAGACAUUGGCAUCCCUGAGUGGUGUGGACCUCACAGUUAGGGUCCUCACCACUGGUUACUGGCCUACACAGUCUGCAACACCCAAAUGCACCAUCCCCCCUGCUCCCAGACAUGCCUUUGAAGUCUUCAGAAGGUUUUACCUCGCUAAGCACAGUGGAAGACAACUGACACUACAGCACCACAUGGGCGCGGCGGACCUAAAUGCACUUUUCUACGGAGCUAUUAAAAAGGAGGAUGGUUCGGAGGUGGGUCUAGGUGGAGCCCAGGUCACAGGUUCAAACACCCGAAAGCACAUCCUGCAGGUCUCCACCUUCCAGAUGACCAUCCUCAUGCUCUUCAACAACAGAGAAAAGUGCACUUUUGAGGAGAUUCAGCAGGAGACUGAUAUCCCUGAGAGAGAGCUGGUGCGAGCGUUGCAGUCUUUGGCCUGUGGGAAACCCACCCAGCGAGUUCUCACAAAAGAGCCGAAGUCCAAGGAGAUUGAGAACGGACAUGUGUUUACAGUCAACGAUCAGUUUACAGCCAAGCUUCACAGAGUCAAAAUACAAACCGUUGCUGCGAAACAAGGAGAAUCAGAUCCUGAAAGAAAAGAAACACGGCAGAAAGUGGAUGAUGACAGGAAGCAUGAAAUCGAGGCAGCGAUUGUCCGAAUCAUGAAGUCAAGGAAGAAGAUGCAGCACAACGUUCUGGUUGCAGAGGUGACUCAGCAGCUUCGGGCACGCUUCCUUCCCAGUCCUGUGGUAAUCAAAAAGCGUAUAGAGGGACUAAUAGAAAGAGACUAUUUGGCAAGGACGCCAGAGGAUCGUAAAGUGUACACCUACGUUGCGUAGAAGGUGGACUCAAAGCAAAUAAAGAGACUUGAUGAGAGUUGUUUUCUUUGGACUGUUGUUACGCAUGGACUGUAAGUUCAUUUUACAGACCAAGACUGGGAACCUGAAUCACUGUCUUUUUUUGCAAAGAUGUGGUAAAACCUCAUAAAUGGGAAGUAAAAUCUUAACACAGACAAUAAACAAACAAACCAAUUCA